GUUCCGGUUAAAAUAAGAAUGUUUUGGCGGCGUGCGAAUUAUUAAAGAAUACAUUUUAUAAUGACAUUUAUAAUUUAAUCGGUGAAGACUCUUUACUGGAUUAGACAAGAUAAGUGCAAUCAUUUACAUCCUCAGCGAUACUAAUCUAAUACCAGUCUAAUCAUGGAUCACGACGGGGGAUUCAGUGACCUCCUCCAGCAGGCUGAACAGCUGACAGCUGACAUGGACAGUGGGACGAAUCUGCCACACGUCGAGCGCAAUUUGCAUCAGAUACUGGAAGCUGGACAGCGUCUGCUGACCAAGACCGCACCUGUCAGUCAGGAAACUUCUGACAUUAAAGCUUCCAUAUUGCUGGGUACCAAAGGUUACAUUGUUCCUAAAAUAGCUGAUCGACUUGAAGGUCUCAAAGCGACAACAACAUUUGAACCACUAGAACCAGUUCGCGACACAGACAUUGAGGGAUUUCUUCGGAAUGAAAGAGAAAAUGCAUUUCUGGCUGUUAUUGAACAAACAAGAAAACAUACAUUUGAUGAAGUAGAGCGUCGUCAGUGGGAAUGUUUGGAAAAUGAGUGGGAAAGAGAGAAACAGAAAAUUCUCAACACUCUUGGUUCAGGGUUAGAAGGCAUUGAGUUCCAGCAAGAGACAGAUACAUUUUUGAGUGACACAACCCUUAACCAGGGCCGGAGUAGCUUGGAUCAUAUAGAGAUGGCUUAUGCCAGACAGGUUUAUGUCUACAACGAGCAGAUACUUGAAGGAAACAUCAGACCAAAUCUUGUGGACAUGUUCCUCGAAGUGGCUAAGAAACUGGAUGACAAGAAUGUGCUGGGUUUAUGGGAGAUGAUACAGUGCAUGGUAGAAGUUCCUCUCAGUCUCCCGCAUGGAACAAGUGUCACGGAAAUCAGACAGGACAAGAACACACAGAUAGCCUUUGUGAGGAAGGCAAAGCAGCACCUUGAAAAGAUAUACAUAAGAUACAUCACAAUGACAAUCUAUGGGAAUCUGCAACAAGCUCAGCUCGGUGGUAUUCCCGGAACAUACAGUCUGGUGAAAAGUUAUCUCAACGUUCGGCCACCCAUCUCAGUGAGAGACAUGGAGUUACAGGAAGGUUUGAUUGAAGGUCAGCCAGUGUGGGCCAUGAUAUACUACUGUCUACGGUGUGGUGACAUGGACGCUGCACAGCAUGUGGUUAACAGAGCCAGCCAUGUUCUUGGUGAUUUUCCAGCAUUCUUCAAGGAAUAUGUGUCCAGUACAGAUCAUAGACUUAGUCCAGGAAAUGAUGCAAAAAUAAAACUGCAGUAUAGAAGAACAGUGAAAAAUAGUUUAGAUCCAUACAAGAGGUCUGUCUACUGCAUUGUUGGGCAGUGUGACUACAACGAAGAUCAGAGUGAGAUUUCUGAUAAGAUCGACGACUACCUGUGGUUCAAGCUGUGUCAGAUCCAGUUUGAACGAGAUCAAGCCGGAGAGGAGCAGUUCACCUUGCAGAAGUUACAGACGUUACUCUAUAAAGACUAUGGAGAAAGCCACUUCAGCGGAUACAGUCAACCCUUCCUGUACUUCCAAGUCCUGGUGCUGACAGCCCAGUUUGAGGCCGCCAUUGAGUUCCUGUCCCGUAUUGAGCGAUUGCGAUGUCAUGCCGUCCACGUGGCCCUGGUUCUGUUUGAACACAAGCUUCUGUUACUGCCACCCAACUGUAAAGCACCACUUUUGUCAAGUCAUGCCGAUGACCCAACGCCAAUGAUGCGACUCAACUUGGCUCGCCUGGUUACAUUGUACACACACAAGUUUGAAGAUACAGAUCCCAGAGAAGCACUUCAGUAUUUCUAUUUCCUCAGAGAUCUGAAGGAUGCUCAUGGAGAAAAUUUGUUCAUGUCGUGUGUCAGUCAGCUGGUGUUGGACACAAAGGAGUUUGACAUGUUGCUGGGAAGAAUGGAGCGGGAUGGUUCAAGAAAACCUGGUGCCAUUGAUAAAUUCAAUCCUGACACACAGAAAAUUAUAGAGUUUGUUGCCAAGGAUACAGACUCAAAGGGAAUGUUUGAAGAAGCUGUGCGACUGUAUGACUUGGCCGGGAAUUACGACAAGGCUCUAGCUCUGAUGAACAAACUGUUGAGUCAGGUCAUUGCUCAGCCUGGAACACCUCAAUCCAGUAGAACACGACUCAAGAAUCUGGCCAUAAACCUUGCAGAGAGAUAUCGUUCAAUGGGCAAUCAGGGUACUCAGUCCAAUACAGAUACAUUUUACCUGCUACUGGAUCUGAUUACAUUCUUUGAUUUGUACCACACAGAAAACAUGGACCAUGCAUUUGAGGUUUUAAAACAGUUGAAGUUGCUGCCUACAAAGCCAGAAGAAGUGGAACACAAAGUGAACACGUUCAGAAAUUACACAGAUGAGGUACGGCGCUGUCUUCCCGACAUUCUUCUGGCCGCCAUGAACAUCCUUCACAGCAAAUACAAGGAGAGCAGGACUUCUAGUAUACAAAGUCCUGUGCCUGGAGGCCGUGGAAAGGUAGAUGAUGGAGGCAAGGAAACGUAUCUGAACUACUUGAGAAGUCACGCUCGGGUGCUUAUUACGUUUGCUGGGAUGUUGCCGUACCGACUGCCAGGAGACACGAACUCGAGACUUGUACAGGUGGAAGUACUCAUGAACUGAAUGGCUGUUUGCAGAACUCCUGUAAUUAAUAUUCACUUAUCAGCUGGUCAGAAACUGGGCUACUUGUAACCCACCGACCAAUAUGAUUUCCUCUGGCCAAAGACUUAACUGCCUGUUGGAAAAAUUACGACUCGGUAUCGAUAAGUUCUGCAAGGAAUGAAUGAUAUGCAGACGAGAGUAGAAUGACCAAUCUGUUGUAAGAAUUACUGGGUGGAGAAAGUGCACAUUUGAAAAAAAGUCUUAUAACUGUGAGCUAUGUCAUCAAAUAUGAUGUUGCAACAAAUCAAAUCAAAUCAGUUUUGCCAUGGUUCUAGUACGUUUAUCAUGGUCAUGGCUUUUGAACAGUUCCAGAGCAUCAUCCAGGACACAGCUGCACCAUCUAUUGUUGCUUCCAUGUUUUAUGAUGUCUUAGUUGUAUUGCAAAAAUCACUGUUAAUUUUCAGAGACCAUCAACUACAGUAAUAUUAAACAUUGUAAUGAAGAUUGUGAAGUGUGGAUGACUUGAUGAAGAGUGUAUGAGAAACUGUGGUUGCAGAAAAAUAAAAUUAUUUUCAUAA